AUGGAGAAGCACAGACUUGUCCGUAAUGGAGAUGUUGACAGUUGCAGAACACUUCCCACAGUGCCGCACUGCCAAGCUGUGCUUGAUGUAAUUACUCAGCAAAGGAUGGUGUGUGAUCCGCUAUGUUCAGUGGCAGGAUGCUGGGGUCCCGGUCCAGAUCAGUGUCUCUCUUGUAAAUACUUCAGCCGGGGAAAGACAUGUGUGAAAGCCUGUCAUCUCUAUGAUGGAGAUGUUCGCGAGUUUGCCAAUGGAUCAGUGUGUGUGGAGUGUGACAGCCAGUGUGAAAAGGCCGAAGAUAAAACUUUUACCUGUCAUGGCCCUGGUCCAGAUCACUGUGUGAAGUGCUUGCAUCUCAAAGAUGGACCCAACUGUGUGGAGAAAUGCCCUGAUGGUCUGCAGGGAGCAAACAGCUUCAUCUUCAAAUAUGCUGAGACCAACAACGAGUGCCAUCCCUGCCACCCCAACUGCACCCAGGGGUGUACUGGACCCCAGAUCCAAGAUUGUAUUGGGAUGCUGGACAGGACUCCUCUGACUGCAGCUGGGGUGAUUGGGGGGAUGUUUGUGGUCGUAAUUGUGGCCCUCGGAUUUGCUAUCUUUUUCCGACGGAAGAGCAUCAAGAAGAAAAGAGCUUUACGCCGUUUCCUGGAAACAGAGCUGGUGGAGCCUUUAACGCCAAGCGGCACAGCGCCCAACCAGGCACAGUUGCGUAUACUGAAAGAGACAGAGCUUAAGAGGGUCAAGAUCUUGGGAACAGGAGCCUUUGGCAUUGUUUACAAGGGAAUCUGGGUUCCAGAAGGAGAAACUGUGAAGAUUCCAGUGGCCAUAAAGAUACUCAAUGAAAGCACAGGACCAAAAGCCAAUGUGGAGUUUAUGGAUGAGGCGCUGAUCAUGGCCAGCAUGGAGCAUCCUCAUCUAGUGCGUCUUUUGGGGGUCUGCUUGAGUCCCACUAUUCAGCUGGUAACUCAGCUCAUGCCCCACGGCUGCCUGCUGGACUACGUACAUGAACACCAGGAGAACAUCGGCUCCCAGCUGCUGCUCAACUGGUGUGUGCAGAUCGCAAAGGGUAUGAUGUACCUGGAGGAGAGGCGGCUGGUGCACAGGGACCUCGCGGCCCGUAAUGUCCUGGUGAAAUCUCCAAACCACAUUAAGAUCACUGAUUUUGGACUUGCUCGACUGCUGGAAACCGAUAAAAAAGAGUACAGUGCGGAUGGAGGCAAGAUGCCCAUUAAGUGGAUGGCCCUUGAGUGCAUUCACUACAGGAAGUUCACACAUCAGAGUGAUGUAUGGAGCUAUGGGGUGACUAUCUGGGAGCUGAUGACGUUUGGAGGAAAGCCCUACGAUGGGAUUCCCACACGUGAGAUUCCAGACAUCUUGGAGAAGGGCGAGCGUUUGCCCCAGCCAACCAUCUGCACCAUAGACGUCUACAUGGUGAUGGUCAAAUGCUGGAUGAUUGAUGCUGAUAGUCGGCCUCGGUUUAAAGAACUCGCUGCAGAGUUCAGCCGCAUGGCACGAGACCCUCAGAGAUACCUCGUCAUACAGGGGGACGAUCGCAUGAAGCUGCCCAGCCCCAACCACAGUAAGUUCUUCCAGAGUCUUCUAGAUGAGGAGGAGCUGGAUGACCUGAUGGAUGCUGAGGAGUACUUGGUUCCUCAUUCCUUAAAUGCUCCUCCCACUUCCCAUAUGCCCCACCCACAUGUAGAUUCAAAUCAAAACCAGUUUGCGUAUCAUGAUGGAAGUUUGUGCCCUGAAGAGGUGAUAGGAUCCCGACCUCAUGAGGCAGUUGCUACAGGAAGUGGCCCCUCUGUCCCGGCAGGUAUACAAAGAUCAGGUCUGGACCCAGCAGAUGAGCAACACUGCAAUGGAAGCUUAAAGAAACAGCCCACAGCUCACUCAGUAGAGGAGAGCAGUGGACAGCGUUACAGUGCAGACCCAACUGUCCUACUGGGAGAGAAAGGACAGAUGGAAGAUACAGAUGAGGAUGGUUAUAUGUCCCCUAUGAAGGGCAAGAUCUCCACAAAUCAUCUGAACCCUGUUGAGGAGAAUCCUUUUGUAACAAGGCGUAAAAAUAAAGACAUUCAUGCACUAGACAACCUGGGUUACCACAGCGCCCCUGAUGGGAAGCCCAAUUGUGAAGAUGAGUAUAUCAACGAGCCCCUUUACCUCAACACAUUCAACAACCCCAGCGGCAUGAACCAGGAGAUGUUAAGGAAAAAUGGAGUCUCCAUCCCAUUGCAGGUGACCACAGCAGCCCACACUCAAAGCACCCAUGUUCCCCACAUCGCACAAUUGGGAAAACCCCAUCAUCACAGCAACGGACCGCACGUUCAUUUCGCCAUACCGCCAGUUCAGCCGGUACACCCUGGACCGAUGAGCCAAAAUGAUCAACAAGCCCAUUCAGUUCAGUUGGUUCAUGAUCAUGGCAGUAAAUCUGUCCCACCAGCAGGCCAGAUCUGUCUAGUGAGCCAUCAAGUCCAACCAGGGCACCCAAACAAAUCUAAUCGUUCGCCCCAACAGUUUCACUUGGCAAAGUCUGGUAAAGGUGGCACAAUGGGCCUACCGGGUCAUCCGGUGCAACCGGGCACCCAGAUUGGGACCGUAUUAGUGGACAAGAUGUACAAGAAUAGCUUUGACAAUCCUGAGUAUUGGCAGCAAAGCCUUCCGCCCAAGGUUACCCCUCAAAACUCCCAAGACUCUUCGGUGAUCUGCAAUAACAAGUUCCUUUACAAGCAGAAUGGCCACAUACAGCCUGCCGUGGCUGAAAACCCUGAAUAUCUGUCUGGUAUGAAGCCAGGAACAGUCCUGCCUCCUCCUCCAUACCGGCAGAGGAACACUGUGGUCUAACGUCCAGGUCUCCAUGCUCCGUAGAGCCUGGUUCUUCUACCAGCACCUUAAAUGUCUUUCUUUGACCCUCUGGUGGUCAAAAAUGGGACGAGAAACAAUAUAAGCCACUGAACUGCCAUUAUGUCACAUAAAAUAAUGGCAUAAAAACCAUUGGGGAAAGCUCAACGCAACCCAUCCAUCCACAAAGACCUCGCCAGUUGUCCAGGAACGUUUUUUUUCUCCUCCACAGGUAUUUUAAAGUCUCUCAUAUGGGAUGGCACAUAAUCAGAUGUACUAACAUCAUUAAUUUAUUGAAAUUAGAUAUUAAGUACACUCUAAAAAAUAAAAAUUCCAAAGUUUCACAGCAAUGCCAUUGGACUUGGGUGUCCAGUUCUGCUCCUUGAGGGCCAAUAUCUUGCUGAGUUUAGCUCCAA